AUGUCUCUCGUCUCAGGCCCGGGGAGGGGUGGUGCCGGGAGCCAGAGCCAGGAGCUUUUUGCGGAGAAGCAUGUGGAAUAUAUCAAAAGUCUCGACAAACGGAAAGAUGAAUAUGAGUACUGGCUGACUGAGCACCUGCGCCUGAACGGGGUGUAUUGGGGGCUUACGGCUUUGCAUCUACUUGGGCACCCAGAAGCCCUGCCUCGAGACCAGACAAUUGACUUUGUCCUCUCUUGUCAGCAUGAAAAUGGCGGCUUUGGUGCGGCCCCCGGCCAUGACGCCCACAUGCUCUAUACUGUCAGCGCGGUCCAGAUUCUUGUGACGAUUGACGCUGUCGACGAACUCGACAAGCGAGGGCGAGGCGGUAAGGAGAAAGUUGGCUCAUUUAUCGCUAAUCUCCAAGAGCCCUCAACUGGCACGUUUAAAGGAGAUGAAUGGGGAGAGACUGACACGCGUUUUCUCUACGGAGCAUUCAACGCACUCUCGUUAUUAAACCUGCUGUCCUUAGUUGAUGUGCAAAAUGGUGUUUCGUAUGUCCAGUCGUGUGCAAAUUUUGAUGGAGGCUACGGCGUCCGCCCAGGCGCUGAGUCUCAUGCCGGGCAGAUUUUUGCUUGUGUCGGUGCUCUAACUAUCGCCGGACGGCUCGACUUGGUUGAUACUGAGCGCCUGGCAGGCUGGUUGAGUGAAAGACAGCUUGAAAAUGGCGGCUUGAACGGCCGGCCAGGUAAGAAAGAGGACGUGUGUUAUAGCUGGUGGGUUGGCAGCAGCCUGGCGAUGCUUGGAAAGCUUCAUUGGAUCGACGGGGAUAAGCUCGCCGGGUUUAUACUUAGUUGCCAGGACCCUGAACUGGGGGGCUUUGCAGAUCGGCCUGAGGACAUGGUGGACGUCUUUCACACGUUGUUCAGUCUUGCGGGCCUGAGUCUGCUGAAGUAUCCAGGUCUCGACGAAGUCGAUCCUGCCUAG